AUGGCUGCUCCAGUGGAUCAUCUGAUCAGUGAAGGUGGUCCACAAGUAGAGGAGACGUCAGCGGCACAAGAACAAAGGGAAGAAUCGGCAAACGGUUUUGAAGACGAGGAGUCAGGCGAGAAUUCAGGCCAAGAGGAGGAGUCCGGCGAAAAUUCAGGCAAGGAGGAGUCGUUCGAGGAUUUAGGCGAUGAUGAGGAGGCCGGCGAAGAAAGGAUUGUGCGGACCAUAAACUGUAGAGACUAUGAGUUGGAACCUAUAAGUGAGAAGAAAGAGGAGAAAAACUCAACCCCACUCCAAAUCGUAGACUUCGGCGGCAGCAGCAGUUCAAAGGUUGUUGAAGAAGAUGCUCCGAUGGAUCAUCCGAUGAGGGAAGGAGGUCCAGAGGCAGAGAAGAUGACGACGACACAAGAACAGAGAGAAGAAUCGAAAAACUGUUCUGAAAAGGAGAACGUUGGUGAAGAAAUGUUUAUAUCGAUUGUCCAGAUUUUCCGAAGCGUAAAUUAUAAAGACGAUGGGUUGGAGGUUGUAAGCGAUAAGGUAUCGUUUGAGAAGAUGGAAGAGUGGAUGAAAAGGGUAGAGGAGAAAGUUGAUAGGGUGGCAGAGAAAGUUGGUAGGGUGGAAGAGGAAGUUGAUGGGGAUAUUGAAAGUGGUUAA